AUGGAUUACGAGAUGGACCUGGAGCCCCAAGGGCCGCAGGUUACAGUCCGUGAAGCGGAACCCUACCGCGUCGAUUUCCGACUGUCCUCGGUCGACCUGGCCUUUGCCAACUCUCUCCGCCGAGCCAUCCUCGCCGAAGUCAACACCGUCGCGCUGGAUUUGGUCGAGAUCGAAAGCAACACCUCCGUGCUGCCCGAUGAGAUGCUUGCCCACCGCCUGGGUAUGAUCCCUCUUAAUUCGAAGAACUGCGAUACGGACCUGGAAUAUACGCGCGAGUGCGAUUGCGAGUCCUCCUGUGUGCGCUGCAGUGUGACUUUGACGCUGCACACGCGUUGCAGUAGCGGAAUCAUGCCCGUCUACGCCCGCGAUUUGAUCGUUCAGGGCGAGCGGAUGAACGACACAAUCGGAGACCCCGUCAUCACGGACGCGGAGGGCAAGGGCGCUUUGAUCUGCAAGCUUCGGAAGGGCCAGGAGAUCAAGCUGACCUGCUUGGCUAAGAAGGGUACCGCCAAGGAGCAUGCAAAGUGGGCACCCACUGCUGCUGUGGGCUUCGAGUACGACCCGCAUAACAACCUGCGGCACGUGGACUACUGGUAUGAACAGGAUGCGAAGAGUGAAUGGCCCAUCUCUGCCAACGCUGAGUGGGAGCCCGCUGCCAACCCGGACCAGCCCUUUGACUAUGAUGCCGAGCCCAACACCUUCUACAUUGACGUCGAGAGCAUCGGCAAUCUCGAGCCCGACGUCAUCAUCCAACAGGGUAUUAACAUUCUCAUGAAGAAGCUUGCUACUACCAUCUCCGAGCUCUCAGGCGAAGGCGCGCACGGACAUGAAGAUGCAGAGAUGCUAGGCGCUGCUGACCCCGACGCCUACGAACCGCCAGAGGGCGUGGACGGCAACCUGACUUCGUAUGGAAACGGUGCCGCCAAUGGCUGGGGAGCCAGUGCACAGACUCCCUACGGUGCCACACCGUACGGGCAGAGCGCAUACGGGUUUCUAAGCGGAUGA